AUGCGGAACUUGGUGGUGCUCAACAAGGGCUCGGUCGUUCCCGAGUCAAUGCUCUAUCCUGACAUGGGAUUAGUAGAUGCAAUCUUUGAUCCGGUAACUGACAGUAUAACGUUUGCUUUGGGCCAUGAAGAUGCAGGAUUCUUGGAGGUCCAGCAGUUUAUGAAGAACGGGGAUAUCAACUUAUUGGCGUCUGUUCCUGUUGACAACGGCAGUGACAAGUUAUGUUCAUUUGCUCACUUUGUUGAUAGUUGUCAACUAGUGUUUAUCUUCAGCGGUGGAGACAUUGUCACUGCCACUUACGACAUGACGCAGCCUAACCCCGACACCACAGUAGUUGAGAUUGUGGGGUCAAUUGACGUUGGAAUCGGUGCUGCUUCGUGGUCACCUGAUGAAGAGACUUUAACGUUGUUGACUAGAGAUAGCAACUUAUUAUUGAUGUCUCGUAUGUUUGAACCCAUUAGUGAGAAGGCCCUUAAUCCCGAUGACAUUAAGAUCAGUGACUCUAAGCACGUUUCGGUGGGGUGGGGGAAGAAGGAGACCCAAUUCAAGGGGAAAGGUGCUAAGGCAUUGGAACGGGAGAGAGACGCAUUAAGACAUGCGGGGUUGAAGAAUGUUGAAGACGGACCUUUGAAGGAUCCUACCGUCAAUGAGAUUGAACAGGGGACACUUUCUAGCUUUGAUACUCUUGCCGUUAAGAUCGACUGGAGAGGAGAUUGUGAGUAUUUUACUGUGACCACUGUAGAACAAGUAUUGGUUGAAGAUACGUCGGAAGUAUAUGACAGAAGAGUGAUAAGACUGUUUUCCCGAGACGGGAAAUUAGACAGUGUCAAUGAGGCUGUUGAUGGGUUAGAGCAUAAUUUGGCUUGGAAACCACAAGGGUCAUUAAUUGCGUCUACUCAAAGACAUUUUGACGAAGAAGAAGGUGAAGAAGUGUUGGAUGUGGUUUUCUAUGAAAGAAAUGGUCUUAGACACGGACAAUUCAAUAGUCGAUUGGAUCCGACAACAGAAACCAUUGUGGAUUUGGUUUGGUCUUCAGAUUCAGAAAUAUUAGCAUUCCAAUUACAUGAUAGAGUUCAAUUAUGGACUACUAAGAACUAUCAUUGGUAUCUUAAACAGGAAAUAAUGGUUAAAGAUACAGAAAUUAUGUUUGUUAAGUUUCAUCCGGAAAAGCCUUUACACUUUAUGAUUGGAACCUCUAAUGGUCAGAUCCAAAUCAUUGAUUUGGGUAUUAAAAUAGUCACAGGUCCAGCAUUCAAAGGUUAUGAUCUUGGUGUUACGUUGGUAACUGACGGUACUACUUGCAAGAUCACUCCGUUAUCCAUUGCCAAUGUACCUCCGCCAAUCAGCUUUAGAGAAGAGGAUGUUCCUGGCAUUAUAAAUGACUUGGCCGUCAGUAAAAAUAACCAAGUGUAUGGUGCCUUGACUAGCACCAAUGAGGUUCACUUAAUUACGUUGAAAAUGGACAAAAACUUACCCAAGUCCAUCAAACACCCCCAAUUGGUUUCCACAAUUGCUCUGGACUCGAUGCUUGGUGGUACAGCCAGACAACUAGCGUUCAUAGGCGACACCCAUGUGGCUGUGGUGGUUGAUACUGUUGAUCUGGACUCGAAAGUUCAAGUCUUCAAUGUUGAAGACGUUACCAAGCCGGAGUUCCAGUUGACUGUUCCAUUUUCUUGUCCCAUCGUUCUUAUCAAGUCCAGUUCUGACUUCAAGUCUGUGGGAAUUGAAACCAUUCGGGGCGAGGUACACCAAAUAGAUGACACCAUGGAAGCACGCCAGUUGUGUCAGUUCCCCGAAUUUUGUCGUGAGUUUGAAUUUGGUCCUUUGAGUGACAGCGAAACUGGUGAUGACUACGGUUCGUUUGGGAUCUCCAACAAUGGGAAGCUCUAUUGCAAUGAAACGCUUGUGGCCUCAGCAGUGACUUCCAUGAAGAUCACCGAGUCUAACUUGUUGUUCACCACAGCACUUUCAAAGUUAUGUUUCCUUCAUUUGAACGAACAGUUGCAUGAAGAGAGUGUUAAGUUCUUUGAAAUCCUCAACAACCUGCAACAGGCUCACGAGAUUGUUGAUGAGAGAAUCAGAACCAUAGAAAGAGGCUCUAUUCUUGUCAACUGUGUUACUUCAAACUAUUCGGUGGUUCUUGAAGCUCCAAGAGGGAACUUGGAAACCAUCUAUCCCAGAAUUAUGUGCUUGUCGGGUAUAAGGCAGUUUAUCUCCGAAAAGAAGUACAGGGAAGCAUUCUUGCUUUGUCGUGCUCAUAGAAUUGACUUGGAUAUCUUAUACGACUACGAUCCGCAGUUGUUUGAACUGAAUGUUGAAGCUUUUAUUAGUCAAAUUGGUAAGGUAGAGUAUUUGGACUUGUUUGUAUCUUGUUUGCACGAUGAGGAUGUCACUUUGACAAAAUACAGAGACUCUAUUUUACAUGCUGCUGGUGCACCGGUAUCAGCUGAAGUUGCAGCACCCACGAGAGACGUCGGCCUUAGGAAAAUUAUUAGAAAUAAAGAACCAGAGGUGGUGAGUACAGGGUCCAAGAUCAAUAAGGUAUGUGAAAUCGUUGUCUCUGCUUUAAUUAACAGUUCAACCCUAAAGGAAAAAUACCUACAGACCAUUCUUACUGCUUAUGCUUGUGAACAGCCUCCUAACUUGGCCCUGGCAUUGGAUCUCAUUGGAGAUUUCAAAGACUUGGAGAAACAAGAGCAAGCAGUUAUCCACUUGUGUUUCUUACAAGAUGCCAAUAGCCUUUACCAGGCGUCGUUGGGCUUAUAUGAUGUCAAGUUGACUCUAGCCUUUGCUCAGCAGUCUCAGAUGGAUCCUAAAGAGUAUCUUCCCUUUUUGCAGAACCUCCAUGUGCAAGCACCGCUCAGACGGAAGUUCCUUAUCGAUGACUAUUUGAAGCGCUACGAGAAGGCUCUUCAAUGGCUCCACGAACUUGAUCAGGACAAAGAUGAUGAUAACGACGACAUUAAGACCGAGUUCAAUGAGUACAUGGUGGCUCACGACUUGUACAAGGUUGCCCUCAAGAUCUACCGUUAUGACGAUUCUAGAUCUGAAGGCAUUCUUAAACUCUACGGUGACCAUUUGAGCAGCACUCAAAACCACAAAGAAGCUGCGCUCUGCUACGAAUACUUGAACGACUAUGACAGUGCCUUGGACUGUUAUGUCAAGGCUAAGGCUUGGAAAGAAGCUUUAUCGAUUGUUCAGAGACCGCAGUACACCCAUAAGAUGGUUGAGCUGGCUACCACGUUGGUGUCGAUGUUGGUUGAAGACCACAAGUACGCCGAGGCAGCAGAAAUUGAGCAUAUGUUUUUGAAAAAUGUUGAAGAAGCCGUUAGGUUGUACUGUAAGAGUUAUAUGUUUGACAAGGCCAUUUUGGUUUCUCAAGAGGUUCAGAAACCUGAGCUUGUGGAGUCCAUAGUGGAUGUUCAGAUGAGUGAAGGGUAUGGUGUUAUAGCUGAGUUGUUGGCUGAUUGUAGGGGUCAAAUCGAAAGUCAAUUGAGAAGAUUAAGAGAGUUAAGACAGAAGAAAGCCGAAGACCCUUAUGCCUUUUAUGGUAUGGCAGAUAAUGAUGGUGGUGAUGUUCCAGAUAAUGUUUCAGUAGCAGCGUCUGAAGCUUCCACCACGGCUUCCUUUUUCACCAGAUACACCGGCAAAACAGCAGGAACAGCCAAGACAGGAGCUUCCAGAAGAACAACGAAAAACAGAAAGAGAGAAGAACGGAAAAGAGCGAAAGGCAGAAAGGGUACCAUUUACGAAGAAGAGUAUCUUAUCAAUUCCGUUGGCCGUAUGUUAGACCGUUUAACUCAUACUCAACCAGAUGCCGUCAGGUUAGUCGAGUGCUUACUUCGUAGAAGAAGGAAGGAACAAGCGUACCAGGUUCAACGCAACUGGACAGAGCUUAUAACCUUUGUUGAGGCUAAUAUUAAAGAGAUUCACACUAUGAAUGAAAGAGAUAGAGAAAGAGUUAAUGAGGAAGGUGAAGUCUAUUUAAUACCUGAGAUACCCAUUCCGUCUAUUCCCCAGUUCCCCAAGUUUAAUGUCCUAGACUUUUAA